CUGCAUCUUGAUAACACACACUCUCUCUCUGUCUCUUCACUGCCUCUUGAUCACCCUCUCUCUCUCUCUGAAGUUAAUCUUCAAUGGCUAUUCAAGGUGUAGCGGCUGAUCUUGUCAAAGAAAUAUUGAAUAAGAUAGUUUCUGUUGCAGCUGAAGAGAUCGGACUUGUGUGGGGCUUCAAGGGAGAACUGGCUAAGCUCAAAGACACAGUUAAAAUGAAUCAAGCCUUUUUAGCUGAUGCCGAAAGACGAGGGGUUAACGAUGAGUCCGUCGAGCUAUGGCUGGAGAUGCUUAAGGAUGAAGCUUAUCGAGCCGAUGAUGUCUUGGAUGAGUUCGCUUACGAAAUCGGGCGGCGAAAAGUGGAGAUUCGAGAUCAAAUGAGGAGAAAGGUACGCUCCUUCCUUUCAAGUUCUAACCCAGUCUUGUUUCGCUCUCGAAUGGCUCAUAAAAUCAAGAAAAUCAACACAUACUUGGUUAAGAUCAACGAAGAAGCAAAGGUUUUGGGACUUCGACUGGGUUUACUAGCAGCCCCUUCUCAAGUCACUGUCGAUCACCAAGGGACCGACUCCCUGCUUCACCAAGGGGUUUCACAGGUGGCUACCCCCCAAGUCUUUGCUGGCCGAGAGACCAACUCACUUCUUCACCAAUCUGAAGUUGUUGUAGCAAGGGAUGGUGAUGCAUCAAAUAUAGUUCAAAUGUUAACCAGCCCGGAAAAUCAGGAUGUUGUCUCUGUGCUUCCCAUUGUGGGAAUGGCUGGGCUUGGAAAAACAACUUUGGCUAAGUUGGUCUAUAAUGGCGAUGAGAUAACGAGACACUUCGGUUCAAGAAUUUGGGUAUGUGUAUCUGAGAAUUUUGAUGUCAAAAGGCUUUUAAAAGAGAUCCUUGAAACUCUGACAGAGGAGAAGUGUUAUGCAGAGACUGAAGAUGUAAUUCUUAAAAAACUUCGGAAAAAGUUGGAAGGACAAAAAUAUUUGCUCGUUCUUGAUGAUGUAUGGAAUGAAGAUCAUAACAAGUGGAAUGAUUUUAAGUCUUGUAUGUUACGAGUUAGUACAACCCAUGGAAACAACAUUCUAAUCAUUACGCGUAGUCAUAAAGUGGCCUCAAUUGUGGAGACGCUCCCCAAGUAUUGUGUGGAACCACUAUCAUCAGAAGAUUGUUGGUCCAUAUUCAAAGGAGUAGCGUUUGCAAAUGGAGGAGCUCCAAUUAAUUCAGAUUUAGAAGACAUUGGAAGAAAAAUUGCAGAAAAAUGUGAAGGUGUACCACUGGCAGCAAAGAUAGCGGGGAGUAUGAUGCACUUGAAGAAGGACAAAGAUGAAUGGUUGGCAAUUUUAAAUGAUGGAGUGUGGAGUGCAGUUGGAGAUGCAAAUGGUGUACUUCCUAUUAUUAAGUUGAGUUUUGAUCAUUUAUCAUCGCCAUCACUGAAACAUUGUUUUGCAUAUUGUUCACUUUUCAGAAAAGAUUCCCACAUGGAAAAGGAACAAUUAAUCCAACUAUGGAUGGCACAAGAAUAUCUCCAACCCAAGGAAGGAAGUAGCAAGGAAAUGGAAGAUAUUGGCAAUGAAUAUUUUGAAUCUUUGUUGCAAAGUUCCUUAUUUCAAGAUAUUGUGAAGGAUGGCUAUGACAACAUUACACAUUGUAAGAUGCAUGAUUUGGUGCAUGAUCUUUCACAAUUGAUUUCGAAACCCGAUUGCUUUACUCAAGAGGAUGAUAAGGGAAAAGAGAAUCCCCGUGUUCGACAUUUAGCACUAUAUUCCAGGAGGGAAAGUGUUGGUAAUAUCCAAAAUGAAAGUGCUGAAAGACUGCGUACUUUAUUUUUGAAAAGCUUUUUACUUGACAGAUUUUUGAAGUUAAGAUAUUUGCGUGUCUUGAAUUUAUGUGAUGCUUAUGUUAAUGAGUUGCCGUCUUCAAUAAGCAAAUUGGUACACUUAAGGUACCUUGACUUGUCAGAUAGUGGCAUUGAUAGUUUACCAAAAUCCAUUGUUAAACUUUACCAUCUGCAGACGUUGAGACUCAGUGGAUGGGUCACAAUUCAAAAGUUUCCUAAGAAAUUCAAAAAUUUGACCAGCUUAAGACAUAUCUAUUUUGAUAAAUGGGAUAACAUGGUUCAGCUGCCACACGAGAUAAGGUGGUUAACUUCCCUUCAAACUCUACCAUUCUUCAUAGUGGGUAAAGACAAGGGUUUCCAAAUUGAAGAGUUGGGAUAUUUAAAAAAUCUCAGAGGUAAGCUUGAUAUAUAUGAUCUCCAGGAAGUGGGCAGUAAAGAGGAAGCACAAAAAGCAGAUUUAUGUGGAAAGAAAAAUAUAUACAAGCUGACACUCAACUGGAAAUCUGUGCGGAAUGGUAAUCAGAAUGCUGAGGGUGUCUUGGAUGGCCUCCAACCUUCCCCAAGCUUAAAAGGCUUAGACAUAAACGGAUUCCCGGGUGAUAACUUCCCGCUAUGGAUGAUGAAGAUGGCUGUGACUACUAAUGGUGAAGACGUCUGGUUAUCACUCAACAAUUUGGUGACGGUCAGACUAAAAGGCUGCAGAAGAUGUGAGCUCAUUCCAAUGCUCGGCAGACUACCACUUCUUCGAGAUCUUGAGAUGGAUGAAAUGGAUAAUGUAAAAUGCCUAGGUGAGUCAUUCUAUGGUUAUGAUUGUCAUGGAUCAGGCACUAGCCACAUUAGUAACGAGACAGAGGUAUUAUUUCCUUCUUUGAGCAGAUUCACAAUGCGGAAAAUGGCCAACCUAGAAGAAUGGAUAGAAUUACCAGAAGGAAGUGGGGUGCAAGCGUUUCCUUGCCUUUAUGAGUUGUCCAUUGAGGGGUGCCCACAAUUGAAAAGUGCUCCGAGUCAUUUCCCACUCCUUAAGGAAUUGCGUUAUGAGAAUGUAUAUAAUUUCCAGUUGAAAAGCGCUCCGACGAAGCUCGAGAUUGACGGGUUGGAUGACCUCACUUCUUUACGGGAUCAACCAUUCCAGGACUAUAAAUAUCUGGAGGUUCUAGAGAUAUCGAAUUGUCCCAAGUUAACACAAGUUCCGUACUUGCGAGGAUACGACACCACCUCUUGUCUUCGAUCGCUAGAAAUCAAGGAUUGCGAGCAAUUGAGCAAUUUGCCAGAUGGCCUCAACACACAUCCAUCUCUUGAGAUUUUGAAUGUCAAUUGGUGUCCAAAUCUCAACUCCAUUCCGAGUAUUCAAGGCCUUACAUCCCUUUGUGAAUUAAGUCUUAGGUGGUGUAAUGGGUUAACUUGUCUUCCAAGUGGGCUAGAAUCUUGCACAUCCCUCAACACCUUAGAGGUUGAACAUUGCACCAAUCUAACCUCAUUCCCAAAUAUACAAGCAUUGUGUUCUCUCUCCACUCUAACAAUUGUAUAUUGUGAGAAAUUAACAUGCUUGCCUAAGGGGCUACAAUUUCUUACCUGCUUGGUCCACUUGAUGAUUGGCCCCUUUUCUGAAGAGCUUGAUUCAUUCCCGAGUCUUGAUGGUGUCCAACACUUGCAUGCAUCCCUUAGUACUGUAACCUUGUAUGGGCAGCCUCACUGGGACCUUAUCCCAGAACAACUUCAACACCUCUGUGCCCUGAGAGAUCUGUGUCUAAUAAGCUUUGGAAUGGAAGCUUUACCCGAUUGGUUUGGUAAGCUUUCAUCUCUUGAAGAACUACAUGUAAGAAAAUGCAAGAAACUGAAGUAUCUGCCCAAAAUUGAAGUCAUGCAGCGCCUCACCAAAUUAUGGACUUUGCGCCUAGGGGAAUGUCCCCUAUUAGAAGAAAGAUGCGAAAGGGGUGGCCCAGAGUGUCCCAAGGUGUUCAAUUUAAGGGUCUCUUAUGGAGGUUUUUGGUGGUACUAG